AUGAAGGAAAAGUCCAAGAAUGCUGCAAAGACACGAAGAGAAAAAGAAAAUGGAGAAUUUUAUGAACUGGCCAAAUUGUUGCCGCUGCCCUCCGCCAUCACAUCUCAACUGGACAAAGCGUCCAUCAUCAGACUGACCACCAGUUACCUGAAGAUGAGGACUGUGUUUCCAGACGGUCUCGGUGAGGCGUGGGGUCAGUCAUGUGUCAGUCCUAUGAACAUCAUGACGAAAGAUCUCGGAUCUCACCUGCUGCAGACGUUGGACGGGUUUGUGUUUGUUGUCGCGUCUGAUGGUAAAAUCAUGUACAUUUCAGAAACGGCUUCCGUUCAUCUGGGUCUGUCGCAGGUGGAACUGACCGGUAACAGCAUAUUUGAGUAUAUCCACCCGUCAGACCACGAUGAGAUGAGCGCCAUUCUCAGCACACACCAGCCGCUACACACACACUUCCUGCAAGAGUAUGAGAUCGAGCGUUCGUUUUUCCUCCGGAUGAAGUGUGUUUUGGCGAAGAGGAACGCAGGAUUGACGUGUGGUGGUUAUAAGGUGAUUCACUGCAGUGGUUACCUGAAGAUCCGUCAGUUCGUGAUGGACGUGUCCCUGUACGAGUCGUGUUAUCAGGUCAUGGGUUUGGUGGCGGUCGGUCACUCGCUUCCAGCCAGCGGCAUCACAGAGAUCAAACUGCACAACAACAUGUUCAUGUUCAGAGCGAGUCUCGACCUCAGACUCAUCUUCUUGGAUAGCAGGGUGUCAGAGUUAACUGGUUACGAGCCCCAGGAUCUGAUUGAGAAGACUCUCUAUCAUCACGUCCACGGCUGUGACGUGUUCCACCUGCGAUACGCGCAUCACAUACUGUUGGUGAAGGGUCAGGUCACCACUAAAUACUACCGUAUGCUGUCAAAACACGGCGGAUGGGUUUGGGUCCAGAGUUAUGCUACAAUUGUUCACAACAGCCGCUCGUCUCGUCCGCACUGCAUCAUCAGCGUCAACUACGUCCUCACUGAUGUGGAAUAUAAGGAGAUGGAGUUAUCGCAGGAUCAGAGCCGCUCCAGACUGUCUCUCUCCUAUAAGAGCUGUCUCAGCGCUCCGCAGGACGCCCGCAAACAACUCAAAACCAAAACAGGCAAAAUCAAACACAAACACAAAGUGACUCCGUAUCUGCAGAGCACGCAGAUGGCUGAUAAACUGGAGUCUCCGUCAUGGAAGUCGAGCCCCCCCUACUGCCUGUCGUCCUGUCAGGAGCAGAACAGUGUCUCACUCUCUCAAGUCCCGCGGCCGUACACUCUACCGCUGAACUAUCCUUUAACACACGGACAUGCGCAUGUCUCGUCCAACUGCAGAAAACUGCGAGUGACCCCAAGUGACCCCGCACGACACGUCUUCUCUGGAGAAACUCCCUGGAACUGCAGCACCGCAAAUAAACCUGCAGGAAACCUGCAAACUCCCCCGACAACUGCAGCCUGCAGCACGUACUCAGGUAACAAACAAAGUUACACAUCAGACACAAUGAUGACAGAUCAGACAGGUCAGACGAGUGAUAGGAGGUUCACAGGUGUGAGUUUCAGACCCAGCGGCGCAUUUAAAGAGGAACCGUAUGAGCUGCAGAGCUGCAGUCAGAAUCACAGCUGCGCAGACGACAGCAGAGGGCGAGUGGAUGAACGCAAUGGCCCACCGUCGAGUCAAAGCAGCUGUGAGCGGCUCCGAGCGCACGACCUGCACCAGCCAACGCAGAUAGUGUUGCAACAGCGUCGCAGGACACGUGUGAUGGACACGACGUACAAAGCAUGCGCAGACCUUGCUGAAGAGAGUAACGGUGAGCGGUGCACACCACGACAGCCGGAGCCCAGCGACCUGGAGGACAAGAGGAUUCUGGCAGGAACGAGUCUCCAGGCACAGAUGCCGUACGUCUCUAUAAACUUCCAUCACGUUCUGACCAAACACGCCUCAUUGCCGCCAGCAGUCUACGCUCUGAGCCAUCUGACGGACAGCUUCAGUGAUCGGGGGGAAGAGGUGAACCCGUACCUGUACCGGAUUCAAAGUCCCUCCUCCAGCCCCUCCCCCGAGGGACAUCAUGUUCCUCAUUACAUCAGCACGUCCGUCAUCAUCAGCAAUGAAAGAUAA